AUGUUUUUCUCAGGUUGGAAGCGUUAUUCCUUGAAAGUAGCCGAUAAUGAAGCAGAGUUCGAUCGUCUAUGGGGUACAUGGCACAUUGUUUAUCAUGGGACAAAGGGCGAAUUCGUCGGUGCGAUUAUUCAGUCGGGCUUGAAGGUGAGUACAUCCGGCUGCUACCUGAAGCGCCCUUCCGUCUACGUAUCGCCAAGCAUCGAAUACUGCGCUCAUCCCCGGUAUAGCAGAAUUUGGCAAAAACCUGGCAGCGGCAAAUAUCAUCAACUUGUCUUCCAAUGCCGUAUUAAUCCACGCGUAGUCUCCAAUGAAAAUGUACAUCCUGAAACGCUGUUAAGGGAUAAAACUGUGUUGAUUGACCCCAACUUUACAAAUAAAGAACUGGAAUGGGUCAUUCCGAGUGCAAACAGAGAGGAUGAAUAUAUAGCAGAUGAUAUUGUAUGUUAUGGCCUCAUGGUUCGAUCAAGCGAUGAACAUCCAGAUAAGUUAUCUUCGUCACACUGGUGGUCGGUAUCACACUGUUGGCCUUGA